AUGAUGUUCUGUGGCCUCAAAAUCUACACAAUGUUAAAGCAGAAUGGCAGAAGUCGAAAAACGAGAUCACUGCAGAGGAAAAUCUUCUUUAUGUUACUCGUGCAGACUUGUUGUCCAAUCGUUUUCCUCCAAACGCCAUCUUUUUUCAACAUUGUCUCAACAGCCACCGGAUUUCAACAACGACAGUGGGUCGGUACAGAAGUGCGAGCAGUAUCGGGACGACGCCGAAUUUUUCGUGCGAAUUGUUGGCGAUCGAUUAAAAUUUUCUUUCCGCCAAAGAUCAGAUCCGACAUCAUUCGAGCAGCGCCUCUUGGUCCGACAAUGAUUCAAGUUGAUCAAAUUCGCUAUGUGAAGCUUCAAUUGAGCAGUUUUCGUGCGAUCUUCUCAAUGUCAAUACAUUUCUCAUCGAACGACUAUUUCUGCGGGAAUUCAGAAAGUGAAUGUUUCCGUCGACAUCUCACGAUCUCGAGCUUUUUCCAGUAUCGGGAACAUGUGUUUGUGCACAUCCGUCACAUGCGCGAGUUU